ACUUCGUCUGGCGUCUGGCGGCAGUUCGGAGCGAGACGCCGACACGACGUUGUAUUUUCGUCCCGGACAAUUCGAGCUCCGAAACGAGGCUCACAUCUCCGAAACGAGGCUCGUCUCACGGCGUCUUCUCGUAUAUACAUAUGAAUUAUCGGACAAUUUCGCGAACGUGUUCUCCCGAGAGAUAAAAUCGUUAUCCGCGUGGCGAACGUUAUCACGCGGUCCGGAGAACGUGCUGUCGGCUGCUGAUGUGGAGGUGCGCGUAAGACGGGUAUUUGCCUUAUCCUUUCGAGCGGUGACCGGCGAUCGGCCUCCAGGAACGAGGCAUUUUUAGCGUAGCAGUUUGACCAAGUGAAUCGGAAUGGUCACCGCCACCGCAGAGAAAGUUCGAUGAAUCCGAGAAAAUUGUUUGUUGAAUCUGUCCGUUAAAGAUUUGUUGGAUCAUCGUUAUCGACGCCAGUGUCCGAAUUUUCGCGAAGGAUAAAUUGACAAUUGAGAGACGGAGAUUCGCGCAUAUCUCCUACGGGCAGAGGAUCAUCGAGGAUCGUAAGAUCCUGAUAUACCGACUUCCCUUCCACAUAUAUACGCACUCAUACUCAGCCUCCGUUCUUUCCAUUCAAGGCGCGUCGCAUUCAUCCGCCGGCAGCAGCAGCCGGUAUCACACACACACACACACACGCAUAUCCACGCAUACACACGAUCCGGAGAAGAAAGCGCGUCCGGUUCGUCUUGCAACGCGUCGUUUUUCCAUCGGAGUAUCCGGAGUCAGGGAAAAGCGGUAUCGCCGAUGCGUUUCCCCUGAGGACCAGCCGGAGAUAAGAAGAGAAGAGACGUCGCGGCCCGAGAUGACGUGACCCGUCCUUAUCGGAGAGGAAUGCCGGCGCGUUGACGCGGAUUCCUCUGAUUUUGGAUGGUCGUCGGGAUGCGAUCCGGGCAUCUGGACGCUGUCCGGACGGGUUUCAACGGCUGGCGAACCACCAGGCUGCUCUGACCAUCACAGCCGCUUAUCUCUCCGUAUUUCUCUCACUCGGUCGUCAGUUCGAGGAGAACACGGUUAAGCGAGGGGGAGGGGGGGACGGGGUUUCAGCGGUUCCACGUCGUAUAGACAAGUAAGUUCCCGGGAGAAUCAGCGGGAUGACGACGAUUCAGAGCUGCGGCGGCAGCUCUUCGAGAUGUGCGAGGCGUGCUUUCGUCUUCGUGUUCGCUUGGGGUCUGUUGAUGAUCGCGGCAGUGCAAUUCCGCCACCUGGAAAACAGGGCACUGCGCCAAGAUGGCGGUCCCACGGCCGAAGAGAGCGUCGGCGGCAACCUGGCGGAGGUCGAUGGCACCGGCGGCGAACGUGGCGCGAGUGGAAUUGGCUCGGCGAAUCUUGGUUUGUCCCGAUACCUUCUGCAGAGAUCCUCGCUGGGCGGUGAUCUCUCCAAUAGUGCCUUGUUAACUACCCUAACGACCCUGAAAAAUCGUCUGGAAAUAUCGACAAGGAGUCCGCUUGAGCUGGAACCGUUGCUAGACAAACGACCUGUCAAGUCCGAGCAACAGCUGAUCGAGGAGAUCGCCGAGAAGGUACCUAGCCUACCGCUGAGCGAUUGGAUCAGGAACAGUAAACUGACGAAGCGGGCCAACGAUAGCUGCGCGCGAUAUCCGCAGAUCUAUGAUCUCGAGUUCAACAAUUUCUACUGGCAAACGCUACGAACUAGUAAUGGCACGUUCCAAUUCUUCGGCGCGUUCUACGAUAAUCGACGGUUAUCUAGGAUCGGGCCAGCGGUGAGAAUUGUCGGUAUGAUUGAUCGUAUCGAGCCGACUGUCAAGACGUACUGUCAGCUGUGGUACGAAAAUGAGAGCGAACCUAAAAUCGUCGAGACCCUCGAAUACAAGUAUAUCUGGUAUCCCAAGUGGGGCAAUUACAAGCAGGGCAUCUAUCAACCAUAUGUGAUAGCGUGCAGGGUACCGCCGCAGGCCUCCGGCAGACCGCCGUCAUCCGUCUCCGUGGUUGAGAAACGUUGCGACACGGCUACCAAUCAUCUCCGAGUGAUCUAUAACAAGCCCGAGCGCAAGAAGGACUUUGCCGUGUGCGUGAAGGGCCUGGACUUUUUGCACGAGGAUCUGUCGGUACGGCUAGUCGAGUGGAUUGAGCUCAUCAGUCUACUGGGUGCCGACAAGAUCUAUUUCUACGAGCUGCAGGUGCACCCGAACGUGACCAAAGUCCUACAGCACUAUCAGCGACUUGGUAUGGUACACGUGACUCCGUUGACCCUGCCAGGUGGUCAACCAAAUGUGCCGGCCUUUCAGCACAUGUACCUAACGAAAAAGACCAAUCACAAACGGCAAAACGAGCUGAUACCGUACAACGAUUGUCUGUACAAGCACAUGUACGAGUACGAGUAUAUCGCGCUGCUGGACGUCGACGAGGUCAUCAUGCCCGUGAAGGACGCGACCUGGCAGGAACUGAUGCGCCGGGUGCUGCCCAAGGCCCUGCACAUACGGAACGAGACCCGCGCCUCGUACAACGUAAGGAACGUCUACUUCCUAGACGACCUACUGCACUCUCAUGGUUACUUCAAGGACAUACCCAAGUAUAUGCAUAUGCUGCAGCACGUGUACCGCUCGAAGAACUUCACCAAACCGAACCAGUACAUCAAGUGUUUCCACAAUCCGGAAAGGGUGGUCACCUUGCAUAAUCACUUCCCGCUCGCGUGCCUGGGCGCCGGUUGCACCAGCUACCCCAUCGAGACCGAGGACGCGCAGCUGCAGCACUAUCGUGCCGAUUGCGUGCGAUCGUUGAAGAAGACCUGCGUGGAGUACCGGGAGAAUAGUGUGAUUGAUACGACGAUAUGGCGUUAUAGGGACAAACUGAUCGACAGGGUCACCGACACGCUGAAGACACUCGGUUUCUUCGGUCCGAGAUAGCAAUCGGAGAUCGAUCCCUUCUUCCCUUCUUUCUGUCACCUUGCUGUGAAGUUUUGAUCGGUCUCCGUGAAAGGGAGGUCUAGCUCGUGCUGCGCGGAACGGAGGCGAGGAAAUUAAUCAGAGCGGGAGAUAAUUGCCGGCGAAGCUUGAUCGCGGAGAUUUAAUCGAGGAGAUAAUCGAGAUCGGUGUAAUCGUUAAAGUGGACGCGUUUCUAGUGGCAGCGUGUAAUAUCGCAUCUUGAUCGUUCGUAUAUACGUGUGAGAAGGAUCUCUUUUAAUAGCGCCAAGAAUGUGCAUAUCUUAUAUCCGAAGCAACAAGAUAUGUAAGCCUUACUUAAAAAUGUAGAAGAUUCGGAACUUGUUGGCUGAAAAAUAAUACCGCGUUCUCGUGAAGGAUAAAUGCGAGAUUUAUGUCGAGAUUGAGCUCUUGCUUAGUUAUGCAUGAGUUUCAUCAAUACGGUAGUUUUCGGUUAUGCCGUUAAACCAACAACGUUAUCUCCAGAACUGAAUGUAAUUCCGGCUCGAUUUGUAUCGAGCAAGUUUUCGUUCUACGCAACGAGCCGAUUACGUUCGCGAGAAAACUGCACGGUAUUUUUUUUUUUCUUCUUUUGUGUAAAUAAUCUCUCUUAAGUCUCCUUCCUAUAUAUGCUCAAUAUAUAAUACGAAGUCUGCAAUCGAUAGCCAUAGCGAACAGCUGUAAUCAGGGAACGUAUACAUACGAUUGUGCGUACUUUAGAUUUGAUAAUAAAAUCAAAGAACGUGGAUUUGAAAAAUUAUACUCUUUUUAAUAACAAGUAUAAAAAAAUGUACAAAAAAUAUGAAAGAUAUAUAAAAAAAUUUGUUUUAUUAUAUAUUACGUUACAUCAAAAUGUAAAUGCAAUGUAUGUUAAAAUAUAUCAAUUUGUUGAUUCUCCUUUUAUCAUAUUGAUGCAAAAAUAAUAUGAUAACAAAUAUAUAUAUAUAAAUUCUUUUUCUUUUUUAAUUUUCGGAAAAUAUCCUUUUGGGAAUAGUUGUUGAAAAGUGUAUUGUCAUACCGUUCCGAUGACUGAAACGCUGUGAGGUAUAAACACUCGUAUUAAUUAAGGCUAUUUUUAAUAAGUCUUCCGCAGCCGCGAAGCGAUCUGUUUUUCGUAGAUAGUAAUCGGAAACUGUCUGAAUUGUAUUAUUGUACGCGUGAAAUAAAAAAAAUAAGUAUGAAUGAUACGCUAUAUUAGGUACAAAAAAUAAUAUAAUGGCCGCUGAUUAUAUAUACAAUAUUAUGCAUGUUUUUACAAAAUUUUAUUUAACGUGUUUCAUUAUUUUUAAACAUUUUGUCUAUCUUUUGAUAUUUAGCAUCUGGACGUGUUGUUUCGUUAAAACGUUCGAAAUAUUCGUAACGUGUGUACGUUUUAACUAACAAUAAAUAUUUCAAAAAGGGUUGUAUAUUGAUGGAUCGCUUCGCGAUUUUGGAAAACUUUUUCUUUUUCUUAUGGUAAACCUCGAUCGUUUUCUGCGCGAUGAGAACCGAUCGCGUUUUACGACUCAACGCGUAAAGCGUUGCUCGUAAAAGCAAGAGGGCGAUUCACGUUGCACCAUGAGACAUGGAUCGAUAUAAAGGGGACCAUUGUAGAUAAGAGUCAAUAAGAAUCAUAAGAGAGCUGGCGCGCAUGAGACGCGAUUGGCCUAUACGUGAAAAUAAAAUCAUAUCGUACUCUUUGUGAAGCGAAUGUGUAUUGUACGGCAACGUUUUCGAGCGAAAAGAUAGAUGAAACAGUGCCUUUCAAUUGAUAUAUGUUACGAUAAUUUAAUUAUAAACAUGAGUCUUGUAUGUACUUUUUCGCUCCUACAAUAUGAAGAUUGAACAUAAUAUUAUCGUGUAAUAAUAAAACAAUCUCAUAUACACACAAGCGUUAAUGUUGAGCGAAGAAAUGGUCGAGCGUGACUGUAAUAUUGAAAUAAAAUUAAAGCGAAUUGAUUGACUUAUGUCAAAAAGGGAGAACUUUAAAAAUUCUUCAAAUUUCGAGAAAGUCAGACUGAAUUUUUAGCGUGACUAAUACACUGCGCUGUUUUACACGACGAAAAUCUCUCACUUGCUGUAAUAAUUCUUUGUACAUAUAUUUUCGAAAUAUGAAAGAUGAUUUAAGAUGAAUAUAAA